AUGGACUCGUUGGAAUGGGUCCGGAGAAGGACCGCGAAGCUGGGGCACCUUCUCUAUAAGCGCAGGCUGACAGAACUGGAGUCGUUUAGCCUAGAAGGAGAACGCUUUGGGGACACCUUACACUGUAUCUGUUCUGCAGGGCACACGCAGCUGAAGAGGAAUCAGGUGCAAUGCUCAAACCACAGUGAAACACAUAAGCUUGUUCUCUUCCCUGAUGGGAAGCUUUCUGAACAUUGGACUAGAGAUCCAGCUGUCAGGUCUACAACAAGGCUGGUGAAAGAACUAGAAAACCAAGAUAUUGUACAAAUAGCAUGUGGGAACUACCACUCCAUGGCACUGUCCAGAGGUGGUGUGAUCUUCACCUGGGGCAAGAACACCCACGGACAGCUUGGAUUGGGGAGUCAAACCCCAUUCAGCUCCCAGCCACAGGUGGUGAAAACACUACAGGGCAUCCCACUUGCUCAAAUUGCUGCUGGAGGAUCUCACAGUAUCACUGUAUCACUCUCUGGAGCUGUAUAUUCCUGGGGAAAGAACGAGUUUGGACAGCUGGGACUUGGAGACACAAACGACAGGGACUGCCCAACAUAUGUUGGAGCCUUAGAGCACUGGAAGACUGUGUUUCUCUCAUGUGGGGCAGAUCAUACUGCAGUUCUCUCUAAGGAGGGGCUGGUGUGCACCUUUGGAGCAGGAGGGGCUGGCCAGCUUGGUCACAACUCCACCCGGAAUGAACUCACGCCUCGUGUGGUGGCUGAGCUGUGGGGAGCAAGAGUUUCGCAGGUUGCCUGUGGCAGACAGUACACCCUGGUCUAUGUCCCCUCCUUGGAGAAAGUCUAUUUUUUUGGUUCUGACGAAGGACAUCUGGGAGAUAAGAGAAAAACUAAUCAGUUGAUACCACUUCCUGUCAAUGCACCAGUGAGCACUGGAAAAUGCUGCCAGGGAGAAAAAAAGUCAGAAAAGGUGCUUGAACUUACUGCUGAAGGAAACCCAACUAUUGUCCUUCACAAGAAGAGAAAGAAUUUGAAUGGAAUUGCCACUCUGCAGGAUGAAAUGAACGUGUGGCUUUCUGAUCCUAGUUUGCAACACAGGGAGACUAUAAAAACGAAUAUUAGACUAAUCUUUUCAUCUGAGGCGUGCAUCAAUGGAAGCUUCUUGCAGAAAAGAGACAAACAUUUCAAAACUUCCAAAGAGGUUUCAGGUGUAGACAUGUCACAAGUGCAAGAUUUUUAUAAGAAGAUCAGCAAAAUGCCUGAAGUGUUGCAGGAGGUGCUCAAGCAAAUUGAGAAGUUACUGCCAUCAUUGUCAUCCUCUCCCAUCUCACCUGAAAAUUUCAGAGUCUACUUGAUCUUGCCUUUCCUUCUGCAGGGAGAGGAUGACAGCUCUUACCGUUCACUCAGGCUGCUAGCACAAGCCAUCAUGAAACUACAGCCCAAGGACCAGCAAACUCUUGAAUGCCUGUGGUCAAGUCUAGAAACAUCCUUUUUCAAGCAGCUGGUCAUUCUAUAUCAGAGGGUUUCCCAGAAAAUCUUGUCUCAGUUUUUGAAGGAAAUCAUAUGUUGUCAAAGAAACCCCUUCGACCUGGAGCCUCCUGAAACAGCGAUUCUGCAGACACUGCAGAUCCUUUACCAGGUGAACUCCAGAACUGGUUUCAGAGUACAAGAAAACAACUUCCAUGUGCCUCAAGUGAAAGUGUUUGUACAAUAUUAUUGUCUCUUUAGUGCCCAAAAUAUGUCCCAAUGGCAGCUGACCAAAUAUCCAUUCAUAUUUGACAUGAAAGACAAGACCAACAUUCAUAACGUAGAAUGCACUGCUUUGUCCAUCCAUUGUGUAAUGGUCGGUACUUCCUGGACUGCAGAGCAGAAAUGCUGGCUUUUCCCAGUCAGAAGACAGUACCUUUUGCAAGACAUCUGGACCUGCUUAAAUAAUGCAUCGACCCAGCAAUUCAAGAAGAUAUUAAAGGUGUUAUUCGUGGGCGAGGAAGGAGUGGACCAUGGCGGGUUGGCCCAGGAGCUCUUCAGCGUCGCCGCCAGGACCCUCUGCCAUCCCGACACCGGAGCCUUCCGCCGCGUCGGCUCUGGUCUGGCGUGGUUCCCCAGCCAGGCCUCGAGUUCAAAGAAGAACUUUUUCCAGAUCGGGACGCUGUGCGGAAUGGCCCUGUAUAACAGGCGCAUGGCUCCCUUCCCCUUCCCCACCGCUCUCUACAAAAAGCUGCUGGGCCUGGCGCCCACCUUGGAGGACCUGGAAGAGCUGUCGCCAGGCGCAGGCCGGAAUCUUCAGGGAAUUUUGGAUGAAGAAUGUGAUGAGAUCUUUGGAAACCUGAGCAUGAACUUCAUGAUUAUGGAAGAAGGAGAUUCCAUGGUUACCGUUGAACUUAAAACACAUGGUGCCAACAUUCCUGUCACUAGGCAUAACAGGAAAGAAUUUGUUGACUUGUAUAUGAAUUAUGUGUUCAAUGAGUCGAUACGGAAGCCAUUUGAGGACUUUAUGCAAGGGUUUUUAAGAGGCUGCCCAGCCAGAAAGUGGAAGAUGUUUCUCCCUGUAGAGCUCCAGACUGUUCUCCAGGGAUGCACAAAAUUUGACUGGCAUCUGCUGGAAAAGAAUGUGAACUACAUCCAGUAUGGAAAGUUAGAUCAAACCAUCAGGAAUUUUUGGACUGUGUUUCACAAACUCCCAGAAGAAAAAAAGAAGUUGUUUCUUGCUUUUUUGUCAGGAUCUGAUCGAAUCCCUGGCUAUGGACAGGAAAAUUUUACAUUUCAUAUUGAAGAUCCUCAAGAAGCAAAUCCAGAUGAGGUCUGUAUUAAGGCCAAUACCUGCAGUCUCAUUUUGUUCCUCCCCCGAUACAGCACAAAAAGAAUACUCAAGAAAGAGUUGCUCUAUGCCAUAGAGCAUAAUGAAAGUUUUGGCUUGGCCUGACUCUUGAUCAGGAGAACUUUAAAGCAAAAAUAAGAAAACAAGUCUUUCUUUCACUUGUUAUAUUGUUCUCUUAAUAAUUCCAAUGUAUUGGUUUCUACCCUGCCUUAUUUUCAUUGCACUUCAGAAACACUUGGGUGUGUGUAUUCACUGAGACUUUAUAUUAGUUAUAAAAAUGAGCUUAGACCAGAUACCUGAUUGUUAGAUUAUAAAGUUAGGAAAGAUGAAUCCUAUUUAACACACUUCCAAGAAGCAAGCUGGUGAUGGAGUGUAUUUGCAUAUAUGCAUACCCUGUUUGCACUGUGCCAGUCUUGUUGGUGAGCUUUCAGCAGCAGGGCCUUUGUAAUUUGUACAUCACCAAACACAAAGCCAGUAUAUGCUAAGCUUGCAAGAGGAAGCUAGGCUAGAGUUUUCAUCUAUAUUAGUUAAGGGUUCUCUUGGGGCACAGCUAACGCUAAGGAGACGUGUUCCUGCAAACUGAAUUGAAGGAGCAGUCUGCUCAUCUUCAUAAGACCUUUGACUAAUCUGAGAGAAGUUCUUAAGAUGAGGAUUUGAUCAUUUCUAGACUUUGUCAAAAGUUGUAUUUGUAAAGCAUUAAUGGACUUUUUAUAAUUUAGUGUGAUAGCACUGUGGUAUUUGUCAUGGUUCUUUUAUAUCUUCUAAGGAGACAUUUUCCAAUUAAAUCAAAAUUUUAGGCUUGUAGAACAGCUCUGCCUACAGAAUCCUGUGGACAUGAGCCUUGCAGGGCUGCUGGAAGCUGGUUGUCAAAACAGUGCAUAGCACUGGUAGGAUAUUGACAGUGUUAGGCAGAAUGUAAAGGUAGGAUGUGUAUUUUUCUGUGUAUUUUGCUGUAGGUAAAAGAGAGAGAGAAACCCCAAUAAUUUUCCAGCAGUCUUCUCUUUGGUGUGUUAAAUGUGUCAGUGGACCAACAUAUGUAAAGGAGAUGUAUUACUGUGUUGAAUUGAAUGAUUGAUUAA